UUGCUUUGUCACUUUGUCUCACCACAUUCUUUCAAAUCAUUGCAACUUCAAUUUAAUUUUUGUCUCACCCUCAAAGAACACAACAUAUAUAGAGGCAAAGUAGUAUAUGCUCUUAACAAUGCAGAUUCUUCAAUGGGUCUCUAAAGGCCAAAAUCAUCAUCAAAUAGGGAGGAGCAGCAACUGGAAAACAAUGAUAAGAGAUAAAAAGGGUAAAGUAAAAAAUAUGAUUACACUUAGAGGAACAAAGGGAAUCGAAGGUAGGAAGCUUCGGAUCAAGAACUUGAAGCUGUUUAUUUUUAUCUGUGGAAAAGACAUUCCAAAGGCUUGUUUUUACAGAAACAUCAACAUACACAGAAAAAGAAACUUGAACAGAAGAAGGAGUUUCAUCCUGAAUAUGAAGAGAGAAGAAGAUUUUGCUAUUCAUGUAGGAAACAAGAUUUUGCCUAUAUCAGAGGAAUCAUUCUCGAAAACAACUAAAACAAUUGAAAAUUAUUGUUUCAAUGCUGAAGCAAAGGAAGAUAAUAGGAGAAAGAAGCCCAUUUCAAGAAUGAAAGAGCUACUCAGAAGAGUUGCUUCAACAAAAGAAGACAAAAUAGAAGAAUUCUAUGAACAUAAGCAGGUUUUACAGUAUAGAAGACAAGGAAACGUAGGAGUAUUUGCAGAAGAAGAUCAAGGAAGCUGUGAAUCACCAAAGAUCAGUUUCACGUGGGAUGUGGAUACUUCUUCUGUUCUCUCACUGGCUACUUUGUCUCAGAAUGUUCAAACCAACAUUUCACAUUCACAAAUUUACAUCCCUCGCAACAACACUUGCAGAAAAGAAAACUGGAUCACCACAGAUUCUGAAUUUGUGGUGCUGGAACUAUGAAGAAAAGUAUGUGAGGAAAAAAUUCUACUGCUACAUAGAGGGAGAACUUUUCACCAAACAAUAAACUUUACAAGUUUAUGUCUGCGGUUUCCGUCUACAUCGAAUGGAUAUUCUAGGAAUUAUUGGUGGCUUACUGAAAACAGCUAGAUUGAUUGGCAAGAAAAAGGAAAUGUAACAUCAGCAUCUAGUGAUUUUCUUCUGAUGUUCAUGGUACUUAUUUUCAUCGUGUGGAUAAAAAGACUAUAUCUAUAUU